UUAUAAAUUUCCAAGAACCAAUAAUUUUUCAUAUUCCUGUAUGUAAUAAAAAAUAUUAUUAUGACUGCCAUCUACAAAUAUUAUAGGAAGCGUGGAAGUUUGUUGUUUUUACGAAGUAACGUGAGAAUGUUGUAUCGUGUGCAAUUUUUCAGUUGUUAAGAAUAUGGAAUAUAUUUACCGUUUACCGUUUUUAGCGCUAGAAGUACCUAACUUAAAAUUGAAAAAACCAUCAUGGUUUGUGAAACCUAGUGCUAUGGUAGUUUUCUCGUUUAUACUUUUGUCAUAUUUUCUAGUAACUGGAGGUGGCAUUUAUGCCAUAUCGUGUGAAUGGUCAAUAUAUCAUGGAAGGACUGGCAUCUAGUUUUCUCUUUACUUUAGGUGGAAUUGGCUUUAUAGUACUAGAUCAAACGCAUAGUCCCUCGACACCUAAACUUAAUAGAAUUCUUUUAAUAUGUGUUGGCUUUAUUAGCGUCAUUGUAUCGUUUAUCACCUGUUGGAUUUUCAUGAGAAUGAAACUACCGGGAUAUUUACAAUCAUAAAUUCACUGAAUUUAAUGGUAUGGAUUAAAGCUUGCUAUUUUUUACACAUAAAAACUGUCACAUUUUGUACUAAAUAUAUUUAAAAUGUAAUUUACAAAUGAUAAUAUAAAAAGGUCUGUCAAAUAUAUUUCAAAAGACAAACAGUUUUUUGUUUUCUUGUUAUUAUUAUUUAAUUUUUUUAUGUUCUGUAUAGGUUCUUGAACUAAUAUGUUCUAUAUUUUUAUUUGUAUCGAUUAAAGUACAUCGUGAUAUACUAUUUAUAAAUGAAGACAAUAUACGAACAUGAGGAAACAAAAAUAAUUUAAUAUUCGUGUGAUGAAAAAGGAUGACAUGUUUGUAAAACUGUUUCAUUAUAUAAAAAUAAUGAUACUACGUUGUAAAUGAGCGAUUGUAAAAUCGAUUUUGGAAAUUACGUUGUAAGAUAAAUUAUAGUAAUUUUAUUGGAAUGAUUAUAUUACAAAGAUAAUAUAAUUUGUUUUUUUACAAGGAUAGUACAUAGCACACAUUUUAUUUUUUAAAUUUCCAAUAUAUAGAUUUGAUCUUUACUUUUUAUCUUACUGAGUCGUAUUGAAACUUAAAAAAAAUUGAAAUUCUUGCAGUAUUUGUAAUUGUAAUUAUUUAAUUAUAUUUAGUUUAAAUUUCAAUAUUAAUAAUUAAUGAAAAUUAAAUAGUUUUUCCAUAAAAAAAAUAAAACAUUUUUUACUAUUCAUACUUUAUGAAUAGUUGACAUCUGCAAAUGACAACAAUCAGGUUGUUAUACGUAGGUUUGGUUAUGUAGUAGUAGUAAAAUCGUUAGUAGUUUUCAAUAUGGGAAAUAAUUUUUGUUUUAUUAAAAUAUAAAAUAUCACGCAAAUAAUAAUAAUUAGAAUACUGUAUUCUUUUUACUAUUGAAAAACAUGUUUUUUUCUGAUAUUUUAUAAAAUAUUUUUUAUAUACAAAAUGGUAUGACCCUAAAUAUACGGAACUAAUGCAAAUGCCAUAAUUAGAAUGGAAAAAGUCCACAAAAAUUACACUUGUAUAUAUAAUUUUAACAAUUAUUAUAAAGAGAAUAAAGUGUAUGAAAACAGAAAUUAUAUUUUUGUAUAAACUAGAAAAUAAUACCAAGUAUUAUCUAAACUAUGUUAAUCUACAAAUUAAGAGCAAAUACUUGAUACAGUUGAGAUAAUUUAGCUAUGAUCGUUGAACUAUAUUAACGAUUACGUCAAAGUAUAUAAAAAUAUGAAGAAAAAACUUAUUUUUGUAAUAUUUUGUGUCAGUACGAUACUCAUCUCGUUAAUAACCAUAAUAAAAGUAAAUAUUUCAAAUAAAAAACUGGAAUUAAAAUAUUCACACAAUGCAAAUUAUACAAAUAAAAAUUCCUCACUUAUAAAAUUUAUCAUUGAACCAAAAUGUAACUCUAAUUUUGUUGUUUGGAUUGUUACAUCUUCAGCAAAUGAUUUUUUAUACAGAACAGCAUCAAGACGUGCAUAUCCAAAUGAAAUGUUAAAAGGUUUAAAUAUCACAAGGGUUUUUUUAUUAGGAAUGCCUAAAGAAGAAAGUAUAUGGGAAUAUAUUAUUCAAGAAUCACAGGAGUAUAACGAUUUGUUGCAAGGAGAUUUCUUAGAAAGUUAUAGAAACCUUACGUUAAAACAUUUAAUGGGUUUAAGAUGGGCAUCGAGUAAUUGUAAAUCUACUUUCCUAAUAAAAAGUGAUAAUGAUAUUGUACUAGACGUUUUUGAAAUAUUAAAACUUCUACAAAAUAAAACUAUAAAUGAAAAUGCUAUAUCUGGAUAUGUUUUAAGAAAAAUGAAACCAAUACGAAUAUCAAAUAAUAAAUGGUUCGUUACCAAUGAAGAUUUUUCAGGUGAUGUUUAUCCUGAUUUUCUCUCAGGAUGGUUUUAUAUAACCAGUUUAAAAGUUGCACAAUUAUUAGUUUAUGCAAGUGAAAAGAUUAAAAAUUUUCUUUGGAUCGACGAUGUAUUUAUUACUGGAAUUUUAAGGCAACAAUGUGAUGUUAAAAUUGAAGAGCUAAAUAGUUUAUUUGCAACAGAUUAUAGGUAUUUGGAAUGUUGUAUAAGAGACAAGAAACGGAAAUUGAAAUGUGAAUUUAUUGCGGGACCUGAUGGAGAUAAAAAAGAAUUACACAUUAAAUUUAAAGAAUUUUCUGAAUAUUGUCAAUGGAACUGUUCUGAAAGGAUGAAAAAACAAUUAGUAUCAAAAACUUGUGUAACUGCUUAUGAAGAAAAAAUAAAUAUUAUAAAUUCUAAAGUUCAGGUUCGUUAUAUAUAAAGAUUGAAAAAUUAUUACUUUUAUUAUUAAAGAAAUAUUACAGUAAUGUAUAAUUAUUUUUUGUUUCCUAAAUAAAAAUAAAUUUUUUCUAAGAAAAUUUCUAUUCCUCGGCUUGACUCGCAUAAAGCUGUCCUACUAUUCAUUCAACUAAAUAAAUUAUUGUAGAUCCAAAUGAUGAUGUAUUAUUUUAAAAAUACUUCGUUCGUAUUACACAAUGAUAAAUUAUAACGAAGAUAUUGAUUACUUUAUAUUUGGUUGAGGCAAAUUCAUUAUAGUGUAUAUUUUAGUAUGCAAUUUAUAUUGUUUUUGAUCCUGAAAAUUAAAAUUUGUAAAUAUUUAAAAAAUGAAAUAGAAUAUAGGCUAAUAAAGACACAAAUUUAUAUUUAUCAACAUCUUAUCUUAAAUUUUUUAUACUAUCACAAAACAAAUUCAUUAUUGAAUUUAUCUUAAUUUUUUCUAGCUAUUGAAGUAGUUAAUUAUAUUGU